AUGACUGCAGCUUCGGAAUUUAAUAAUCCUUUAAGGAAGUUUAAAUUAGUGUUUCUCGGUGAACAAAGUGUUGGUAAAACAUCUCUUAUUACUCGGUUUAUGUAUGAAACCUUCGAUAGUGUGCAACGAUUGGAAUUGAUUUCCUAUCCAAAACCAUCCGGUCAAGAACGUUUCCGUAGUUUGAUUCCCAGCUAUAUUCGUGAUUCUUCUGUCGCUGUAGUUGUAUACGAUAUAUGCAGUAUGGAAUCUUUCCAGCAGACCACAAAGUGGAUUGACGAUGUUCGCAAUGAACGAGGCAAUGACGUGAUUAUUAUGCUUGUUGGAAAUAAAACGGACUUAGCAGACAAAAGGAAGGUAACCUUGGAAGAAGGUGAGCGCCUUGCCAAGGAUCUCAAUGUAAUGUUUGUUGAAACCAGUGCGAAAGCUGGUUACAACGUCAAAAAUCUUUUCCGACGGAUAGCUACAGAGUUGUUGAAAAAGGAAACACCCCCUCCUCGUCAUGACGACCGUAAUUCUAUUAAUUUUUAUUAA